AUGUCCGCCCCGAGAAUGUUGUUGGAGGAGCGCAUCGACUUAUGGCGCCAGCGCGUUCCGAGUCGUCUUAAUCGCGAUGAUCCUUUCAAAGGCGACGGGUUCGGUGAGCGCCCUUCAACACGACUGACUUUUCGUGAAGUUUCUCCACCUCAACGUCGUCCUUCCACACGACUGAGUUUCCUUCGUGCAGCUACACCUUUGUUUGGGCGCUCUUCUACACCCUCUAGUCGUCCUGCUUCAGGCAUGACUGAACGACGUGCAGAGAGUAACCGACGCAAUUUACUCACCCUGCUCAGUCGCAAGCGCAAGAGAAAGGAAGAGGAAGCUGAGGUUCCUUGUGAACCUAUUCACUUAAACUUUUUGUUUGUUGGUUGCAAAGGGUCUGGACAGACAUCACUAUUAUUUCUGAUGCCUUUGCCCGUCCACUGUACGAGACACUUGAAUACUGUUGAAAAGUUGACCUAUAUCGAAUGGGAUGCUAUAUUCCUCUGUUUUGACAUUUCGGACAAGAUGUCCAUGUACACAAUCAUCCAAUGGUGGCAUCAUGCGUCUAAUCACGGAUUCGCCAAGACGCCCACUUUUGAACCACUCUUGUAUCUUGUUGGUCUCAAGAAGGACAUUCGCGAUCAGUGCUUUUUGGAAGAUCAUCGAACUGGCUCCGCAAUGGAUUUGUCUUCAGAGUUGAUGGCGUAUUCUACUUGCUGCGUCUGCUCUACAGAGGCGUCAUGGCAGGCGAUGCGAAUCGGAGCGAAGAAAUACAUCGAGUGCUCAGCUGCUACUGGUGAAGGAAUGAAGGACGUGAUUGAUGGUCCUGGACGAGACGCUAUGAGAAAGAUUGUUGGCGGGGAGUGGCUCCAAGAUGAGGUUGUUGCUCCCAAGAAGAAACUUCGGUUCAUCUGA